UGGCAUUGGUUAAGAUGCUGUUUGUUCUGCAAGAAAAUGUUAUGGUUUGAGUAAGAAAUGUCCAAUUGCGUGGUGGCGACCCUAGAAUAAAAAAAGCGGUACAAUCAUGGCAAUCUCCGAAAAAUAAAAGCUGUAAUGUGUGAUCACGGGAUGGGUGAGUUUAUAUUCUUCAUGAUGCAUCGCAAACAAAUAAGAUUACCCCUGACUAGAGACGUGUUCAAAAUAUGAGAUCAUAUUAUACUUCGCUCUUGUACUGCACAUAAUUUGCAGCUGGUGUCGCGGCACGAACAAGAAGAGGACAGUGAACAGUUCGCCUCUUAUUUAGUCUGUUUAUUUACGUGUACAACAGCUGCUUACUAUGUCUGGCACGUAAUGGAAGGUCUCGCUCUUUCUCCUCCUUCACGCGAACUAAGACGCAGCCCACUUUUCAGCGAACGUCCGACUGCCACUCAAGUCAACAUCUGGAGGGGAAAAAAUGUUUGCUUGUGACCCAGCAUCUGUUAGCUCCGCACCCGUAGUCAGGAUGGGCCGGACUGGCCAGUUGCCAAAUUAUGGUGUGGUCGAAAAUGGCAGUGUCCCGCCUUCACAGCCUUCUUUGCUGUGCCUUUAGCACACUUUUAACUUGUUGUACUGUUAACCACUGGCGUUGUAUAAUUUGACUCAGUAGAGCUAAGAAAGAAAAAAACACCUUUGAGACAGAACUACAGACGUAUCACCCCCCCCCCCCCCCUAAAACUCUUGCCUUUACUUUUUGUCCCGACCUCUUUUAGUCAAGUUUACAUGACAAACGUCUCACUUAGUGCGUCUCUCUCUCUCUUUGCUCCUCAGAGGCUCGUCUGUUAUUUCUAAUAUCUCACCCUGCUUGAAGAGUUUGUACAGUACCUGCACGUCACACAUAUUCAUCUAGCCAGGGAUCAGCGCCAAGACGUGCCUUUCCAAAGGAAAUGUAAAACACAGGCUAAAAGUUCUCAGACAAGGCGAGCCGCAGAGGCACACACUCCUGGCAUAAACGUAAAACAUCCGCUUCAUUAUUAAAUGCAAAAAAAAAGUAGCGAGUUCCCAAACAGUAGAAAAGAUCAAGGCAGCAGCACGUCCAAAAUAAAGGUGAGAUAAUUAGGCACCCCGCACCAGGCUGGAAGAUUUUCCCACCAACGAGGAUGAUGUACGCAUCACUGUAGUGAACAUCUAAGGGCAUCCACUUGGAGAAGCUGCAGGAGCACAGAAAUGCGGCUGACAUAUUCAGUUCUAACCCCCAGGGCAUGCUGAAAUCGCUGCUGUUAAAUCCAGAAGGAAAUGCAAAACAGGAUUUACUGGUUUCACACACACCGGCGGCUGGACUGAGUCUAUCAUUACUGUAAUAACCGUCAGGGGAGCUCUUACAGCCGAGCCAGAGGACAAGGAGCAGUGCAAUUGUUAUUAAUUGUGGGGACAGAAACAGUAACCCGGGACACACAGGGGACGAUCUGAGGCUGUAAGAAAUGACUUUGGUUUUACCCAUCAAUAGAUUAUGUGAUCGUAUUGCCUUUGAAGGGGGCUCACAAGAAUUUCCUAGCUAUCAGGCUUACUGGGAAUCUGAGUGUUUCAGUAAAAGCUGUUUCUCAGAGCAGACCCUGAACAAAGGCACUCUGGGACAUUCAUCAACAGACUCCCAUUACAGGGGAAUUUUAAACCCAAUAGCAACAUCCAGGAUUGCAUACUUUAAAAGGAAAUAUGUGGAAGAUGAAGGUUUCCACCCACCACUCAGCAGCUGCUAUAAUAAAGCAUUGCCUGCUUUUGAAGAGCGGGCAUAUGUUCUUCGUAUGUCAUUGGAAAAGUUAAAGAAUAUUGAGGACCCAGAAAUAUUUUUACGCAGGUCUGUGCUCAUUAAUAAUUUAAUGAAGAGGAUCAGAGGGGAUAUUAUAAUGCAGAGUGGAUGGUGUAUUUCUGCAUAUACUUUGGGUGGAAUGUUUCCUCAAGAAUGGUUUGUACCCCAAAACUGCCAAUAUGGUAAAAGAAGCAGACUAUCCAAGGAGAACUCCGACAGCUUGCAGGCUUAUUGUUUUUAUCAAGAAUGCAGUAGCCCCUAUUUUACUAUGCCUGUCUCUGCAUGCACCAGUGAUUCACAUUACUUUCCUUCCUCUUCAUCAACGCCACCUUGUUCUCACCAUCACUCCUCACCAAUCUUGCCUUCCUCAUCCCAGGAAAUCGAUCAUUGCUUAGAUCACACUGCCAUUUAUCAGAAUAAGGUGCAAAUAUCCUCUGCUGAGACUGUUAUUUCUAAUGCAAAGUCUCUUGCUAAUCAUAAUACGACCAAACUAAAUAAGAAAAAAAUGAAUAAAACCAGCUGGGAGAGUGCAGAUGUUGCUGAACGUUAUAGACCAUGUAAAGAUGAAGAGCUCAAGCUGUGCAAAGGACGAUUAAGCAAGUAUCCCGAGAAUGAAUGUAAUGAAAAGAGCAGCACAAAUGGAGCCUGGAAGAAACAUUUACAAAGAAGGGACUGUACAACUGCUGAUAAGCUCUGUUACAAAAAAAGGAAACAAGAUAUAACAAAGUACUCUGUAUAUCAUGGCAUUACAUGCAAUCAUUGCAGUAUAAUGAUCUGUAUUUAUUACAUAGUUCUGUUAUGUCACAAUGCAUACAUGUUAGCACUUAAAACAGGUACUAAGGUGCUAGUACACAAAGCAGUGUCAGAAAGGCAUUCUGUUUACUUAAUACUGUAGUAUACUUUAGUGCUUGAACAAGGUACACAGCAGAAAACAACUGAGACCAAAGUACUCGUUUAUCACUGCAGUUUACAACAUUAAGAAAGACAACUGUGAAUAUAUAAUCCAUGAACUGAAAUACAAAUGGGAACAAAUCAGAAAAAAGUUAGUGAUAUACUAUACCAUUUAUUCUGGAAUAGUUUACUGCCUGGAGUACCACCAAAGACACAGCUCACAUGCCCUUCUUGUGUCCCCCGUACUUUAUUUGUGACAUCUCCUUCUCCUGUCCCCCACACUUUGUGACCUCUCCUUUUCCUGUCCCCCACACUUUGUGACAUCUCCUUCUCCUGUCCCUCAUACUUCAUUUGUGACAUCUCCAAAAGGCUGCUCCAUGUGCUUAAAUUCACUUAUGCCAGAGCAUCAGGUCACUGCUGGAAGCCUUUUCAGUUUCUCCCCUCUGCUUUGUACAAGUAAAUGUUUUUCACAGCUCCUCUGGUCCCCCUCCCAUAAUUUAAUUCUAAGGCCAUGAUCUACGCUCAUUGUGACUGAAUUUCUUCCCCCCUUAUCUAGCCAUGAUACUUAUGUCAUUCGCACUUACCUUUUUUUCUCUGAAGUCCAUGUUGAUUUAUUGGGUGUAGCAUCUAGAAUGGGGCACAAUACAUGAAGCAUUAUGUACUACCAAUCUGUACAGGGCUUUACAGUGCCACCUGAUGUACUACCAACCUGUACAGGACUUUACAGUGCCACCUGAUGUAAUCUGUACAGGACUUUACAGUGCCACCUGAUGUACUGCCGAACUGUACAGGGCUUUACAGUGCCACCUGAUGUACUAUUCAUCUGUACAGGACUUUACAGUGCCACCUGAUGUACUGCCGAUCUGUACAGAGCUUUACUGUGCCACCUUAUGUACUACCAAUCUGUACAGGGCUUUACAGUGCCACCUGAUGUACUGCCGAUCUGUACAGGGCUUUACAGUGCCACCUUAUGUACUGAUGGUCUGUACAGGGCUUUACAGUGCCACUUGAUGUACUACCAAUCUGUACAGGGCUUUACAGUGUCACCUGAUGUACUACCAAUCUGUACAGGACUUUACAGUGUCACCUGAUGUACUACCAAUCUGUAUAGGGCUUUACAGUGCCACUUGAUGUACUACCAAUCUGUACAGGGCUUUACAGUGCCACCUGAUGUACUACCAAUCUGUACAGGACUUUACAGUGUCACCUGAUGUACUACCAAUCUGUAUAGGGCUUUACAGUGCCACCUGAUGUACUACCAAUCUGUACAGGACUUUACAGUGCCACCUGAUGUACUACCAAUCUGUACAGGGCUUUAUGGUGUCACCUGACAUAUUACUUAUCUGUACAAGGCUUUACAAUGCCACCACUUCUUCACUGAUAUCACACGUCUGUAUGGACCAUCUCAUAUGACUGCUUUCUGGCUUACUUUAUCAUGUUACUUUAUUGCAUUUCAGUUAUUGUAAAUAAUAAGCUGUGUUCUAAGAUUGCUACUACUACCUAAUACAAUAAGUACAUUGUAAAAAGUCUGUGGCCCCACUCUAUGAUUUCACAAUUAUCUUUUUUUUUUUUCAUUUUUAUAAUUAUUAUCAGUUUUGCACUGGAUUUGGCCUUGUAAUGCUUGAUCAGCUGGCUGCCAUUUUUUCAGAUUCUUUUUUCAUCUUUAGCCUCCCCAGUGUCCUCACUCCAUCGAAGGUUACUUACAGACUGCCAGACAUAUUCACCCAUCCAUUCUCCAAUGUUUUUUAAUACACUUUCUGAAUAUGCCAGACCCUAAUACCAGGGAUUUCAUUUAACGGUAGAUAUUGGUUACAGCUGAGACAUCUGUAAGUCCUUUUGUAACCAAUAUAGUUUGUAUUGUAGAACUUGAGAUAAAGGUUUAUAAUUGUUUAUUAACAAAAUAAUAGGUAGAUUAUAGUAUUUGUAACCACUAUGGAUCUAAUGAAAUGGUCAUUUCUAGCUUGCGUGACUCUAGAGAAAUCAUGUUACUGCCUCAUAGUGAUGCAAAUAGCACUUUACCGGUUGCAUUCCUUCUUCCACACACCCAUUUGUUAACCCCUGAAAAAAGCAUGCUUAGAUGAUCAGUUUUUAUUACUUUGUGAGCCAUUGUCAGGAUGUUCAUCUUGUCCCAUCUUCUGUGUGAAAUAAGUGAUUGACCUUAACUGAAAUUUGGAAUGGGCACACCCUUGUACAUGUGCACAAACACAUACCUAUUACUGUGUGCAGAUCUGCUGUAUAAAGGAACACAUUUUGACUUCAUAUUUAGGUAACAUUUUUCCUCCCCUCAGUGACACAAUGCUAUUUUGGCUCAGAUAUACAAUUAAAAUGCAUCUAUUAAUUAACCCUUCAAGAGCUUUUUUUAUUUCUUUGCUCACCCUACCAUAAUAUUUAUUCUGUUCAUUGUCAUUUCUGUAGCUUGACUAGAUCAGGAAGUUGUGAGUGAGCAGCUGUUGUCAGUAGAGAGGGAGGAGGGGUUCUAGCUCAGCUCUUGGGUGACACUUAGCUGGAGCACUAGAAGUUGUACCUGCAGGUAACAGCUUACGGAGCAUGUGACUCAGAGUGGUGUGCCUCCCAUACCAAGAAUAGCAAUGUGUAACAGCACACCCAUUUAUUGAAUGAGCAGUGAUAUUGGACUCCAGGAAGCUUGCUGAAAGGCUUGCUUUGUAGGGCUAAGUGGGUUGACAGCUCCACUAGCCCUGAAAGCAGACAUGCUCCAUGCCACCUGACUCUCACCAGAAGGAGAUCAAGUGGACUGAUUGGGCUGCCCUGGUAGGAAAGAAUGCACCACAUGACUCUUCCCUGUAACAUUAGAUGCCUGACCCUCACUACUGACUGAACAAAUGGCCCAAUUUGAUGCAAGUCAGGGAGCCUUUGGGUAGGUUCUGUGAAGGUAGGGGAUUAGAAGGAGGAGAAAAGCGUAAGGCUGACCACGAACUUAUGGAUGCUAUGUUGAGUAAAGACAGCCAUAUAAUUUUCUUUAGCUGUGUUUAUAAACUUAACAAGCAAUAACUAGCAAUGCCACAAGCUUAUUUUUGGUAAUAUCAUAUACUUUAAUCCUGAGUCAAGUGGCAGUAUCCUAGUGGAUAAGUGUUGCUCCUAACUCACAUCGCUCACCUACUCUGUUGCUCCCCAUAUCCACCAGUUGUCUCCCUCACAAAAUCACACUCAUUCAAGUCCCAUUGGUCCUAUCCAAAGCCAAGAACACUAUAUCCAUUGGUUCUGAAAAUAUAUUGAGCCAACCUUCUUAUCAGCAUCUUUCCUUUACCUAUUUAAUCUCAGCCUGUCUACAGGGUAUAUCCCUGAUGCCUGGAAAAGUGCCUCCAUGAUGCCAAUGUAUAAGGACAAAUCUACUACUGAUCCAAGCAAAUACAGAUCAUUUAGUGAGACAAGUGUUAUACAUAAGGUUAUUGGAGGGUGUGUGUCUAAAUUAAUUAGAUAUUAGUUAUCUCUGGACCCUAGUCCUAAUAAAUGUAUCUUUGUCAAAGCCAUAUUCUGUCUCUUAAACUUGAUUAGCACCCCACCUUCAGAAAGGUCAAUAAAAUCAUGGAAAGAGACAUUCUAGACAAAUUACCUAUUUUAACUUGGCCAAGCUUUUGUUACAAUCCCCCUUGUAGGCAUUAUUGCUAGGUUAAAACAGCUCAUCAUAAACCCUUUUUUUCCUAUGGCUAGCCACUUGGCAGUCAGGAAGAGCUUGCACAGAAAGGUAGCUGAUGUCCUCUGAAUGUAGAAUAUCACUAGUGCUGUCCAGUAACAUUCAUCCAUGUAUCUUCUCAUUUUUGCUGUUUACUUUUCCAAUAUCUGACCUCAAGUUCAAAGCCUAUGGCUAGAUACGUUUGCUGAUGACUGCAGAUUCAAAGCAGUCAUUAGCACUCCUAUAGACGCUCAGAUACUCCCAACAGUGGCUUAACUAUCUCAGCUAUACCAACCAUAAUCUUAAACAAAAUGCUAACAAAUGCAGUGUAGUUCUAUUUGAGGUAAAGAAAUAUUCCAGCUCAUACCACAUGAGUAACUCCCUCCUCCAAACUGAAACUGUUAGCAAUGCAGGCACUUACAUCAACAAAUGACAGUCACCUGCCCACCAUGUCUGCACCAUAGUUGGAAGAUCAUUCCUCUUUGCCCAGUUAAUCUCCAAAGCCGAUUUAUUUAGAACUGAAGAAGUCAUAUUUUCUUUCUUCUCAUCCACAGUCUAUCAUUGAAUGCAAUGCCCCCUUUAGUGUAUGCAUCUCCAAUCAUCUUGCCCAACUUGAUAGACAAAGAUUCUUGACUAUGUAAGUCACAGGACCUAAGUCCCAGCUACCCAGAUAGACUAGCUACCCUGUCCCUGUGCUCAGUCUCCUAUAGGCUCCUUCAUGGUGACCUAUGAUUAGGCUUUCAUAGCAUGCAAACUCAUGACGAAUUCAACCUCCUCCAACCAAUGGUUCCACAAAUACCUGCAUCAAGUACCUUAAUCUCAUUCAGCAAAUACAUUGCAACUGAUAAUGGGACAUGUUCCUAACACAAGGAGUUCACCACCUGUGGAAUAAGUUUUAUCUACAGUAUCAUAGCUACUUUCAAGGUCAAGCUAGAUGAUUGGAUGACUUUUCAUAAAUCAACACUGGGAUAGCCUCUGCAGUAUUCAUUGAAAAUGUGAUGAACACAGGUAAAGCACAGCAAACUCAAUGGCAGAUUACAUUGACUUACUUGGCUAGACUCCUACAUGAUCUUCAUAACUAGUGAACUAGUGUCUACCUAUAUAUUUACAAACCUAUGACUGUCUCAUUCUGCUUAUGUUCUGCCUGUCCUGUGUUCCUCUUGACAUUUUUACCAUCCACCUUUUCUUCUUUACCAUCAUCUGAUUACCUUUCUUUCCAUUUCUUUUGUGCCAUUGCAUUGAGACGGUACUGAGAUUACUUUGUCAUGCUUAUGGUGACUUCUCAUUCUGUCAGUCUUACCAGAAACUCAUUAUGAAGAUAGGAGUCAUCCUUUUUUUCCCAGAAACCUCUACUAUCUCACUGUUAUCUCCACUGCGCUUGAUUCUGACAUCUUCUCUACUCUUUAAUGUUCCCUUUCAACUAUCCAGAUUUUCAACAAAUGUCCAGAUGUUUAGCUCAUAUUUUUGCUCAAUUCCUUAUAAAAUGUAUGGGUUUCUGUAAAAUCAUUGAGGACUUCAGUCUCUAAAUAAUGACAGACAUUUAAGUUUCAGAUGUUAUAUCAUUCAGAAAAUCCAUGCUAAUGCAAAACCUGUUAUUUGAUCAACUUUCUAAGUUUAUAAGAGCAAUAUUUAAAAACAGUCACUAUUUUUGGGCUCUUGUCCAUCAUAAAUUUUAGCUUUGUCUAGAAUUGUUGCUGUAAGAGAUUAGGGGUAUCAUUCUCACCUAGAGAUGAUAGUGCUAGAUUUUUAGAUGUGAUAAAUGAUACAUAGCCGCAUGUAUCACUGCUGUUGCCCUAGUCAUGACAUUUAUGCUAUCUGCUCCUACUGCUUUA